AUGGCAGCAGGCGUGCCCGAGGUCGGAGGAGAUGAAGGAGCAACGGCGUUUGGUGCAGGUGGCGUAGCUGUUGCGGACCGACUGGAACAGAGGAAGGAAGGGGUCCGGGGGAUGGAGGGGAUCACACCCGACCGCGCUGGGCACCGAGCAGAGAUAGGGAGUAGCAAGUGGAGUCAGAAGCGGGGCAAGGAGAGGGAUGCAUCGCCGGGGCGGGUCGAUCCAGGAGGGGCUCCCAUGGGGGCCAUCGCGCGGAGCGGUUCUCCGGCGAAUGAAUGGCGAUGA